ACGCACGAAUACCACCAGAAAAACGAGCCACUUGGAUGUAGUAAGCUCGUUCACGCACACUUUUCUGGCUAGUUGUGAAGUUUUGCGAUGUUUUCCAUGCCUUUUUGACAGCUGGAGGACGUCCCUCGACAUGGAAGAAUGAUUUUGGUGAAAGACUGGCGAAUGAAUGAAUAUCGAAAGAAUUUAUCCAUGAAACUUGUUAAUUUGUGGUAACUUUUGAUAAGUUGUACUCCAGUUUUUUAUAAUCUUUGUUUAACCAUAUUCUGCACGGCUAUUUCUUAAUUUAAUGUUAACAUGUUAAGGUAAACACAUUCCAUAGGUAUGAAAAGGUCCAGUUUGUGAUACACACAUCUUCCCUAUACUCAGCAAUCGAAUCCAGAAGAGAAGAGAUCACCCGUUGCGUUGAUCCGAGCCUGGAUUCAAACCCCGAUCUACCGCUUACAAGGCGGUACCACUAAGUUACGUGGCUCGGUCAUAGUCAGUUGUAAGAACUGCUGUAUAUAACUUGAUACUACAGUCCAGACUCCAGCCCAGAUUAGCAAUGUUUUGGCAUUUCAUACAAUUGCCCUUACAAAGUGUGUACAACUAUACGUAAGCGAAAGGUUGGAAAAAAAUCACUCGAAUCAGACAUUUUUUGGUGUUGCUGUCUUAUUCUUGAUUGUCGAACUUAAGCAAGACCCCAACACAUCUCUGAAGUGAUUGAGAAUUUUUAAAUCCAAACAACCAUUCAAAUUUAACUAAAACGGGGUCGCAGAACUCGAAUUAAAUGUCAGAGUUAAGGCUUUUUUGUUCAUGAUUCGAUUAUCCGAAGUCCCGAACUUUCGGAUGAUCGCACUUCAGUGUCGCAGGUCAUAAUCUACGACAUUCAGAUAAUUGAUUCUGAACUGUAAAGGGAUGAUGGGAAUACUUUAAAUAUUAAGAUUUUUAAAUAUUCUUUUCCUAAAGCAAUAACACUAAGAUUUAGUUGGUAAAAUUAUUACACUUGCAAAAUAUUGAGUCAAAAGGCUUAUUCAUUUACUUUCACCCUAAUCACUUCAAGCUUCUAAACAUGGGGUCAUCCAGAAACCACGGCGCACAAAAAUGUCAACGUGCCUUCCGAUCAACGAUGAUACAGGACUAAUUAUCUCACACACACACACACACGCACAUUCACACUGCAACAAUAUUAAACUCAUAUUCCUUCAAAAAGGCACAGCUUGCCUUCGAUUUCAAAGUUUAGUCAUGAUGAGCAGAGUGGCAGGUUGGUCGGAUUUGUUCCGGAGAAAAACGCGUAAGUUGUUUCAAAUAAACUGGAGACUUUAUUAAACCGCGUGCUUUUGUAACGGAUGACGCAACACAUUUGCUGUUGUUGUUUUGCAGCUCUGACAGCUGCGCGUGAGGUCGACAGGGGGUUCGGCCGACUAGGUCGACUCGAUGACGACUACAGGGUUGUUCAUCUCAACAAGUCAAUAUCUUAUUGAAAACGUUUAAAAAUUGAAACAAAACAUUAACUUACAGAACGUAAAGCUUGCAUGCACUUGGAGCACGCGGAUGCUGCAAAAGAACGGGACAUGCGCAAUGCUUCAAGCGCCAAAGUGCGUCGCGACGCCCAACCGACGACGACGUCUGCUUCAGUUGGUGGAAGGUGCUCAAGACGAUCGGACGUAUUUAUAAGAUCUCUACGUUCAAUUUCGUUGAAUUGAUUUAUAAGUUGACUUAUUUGCUAGUGUUUGUAUGUGUUGAGUUUAGAUGAUGGCGUGUCUAGUCGUUGCGAUUUUGUUUCUCUUGGUAUUCCAAGCACAUGGUGGCCUGCAGAAUGAUUUGGGAUUAUCCAGUAACGACAGACAGCAGGUGCCGACAAGCGCAAUCUCUGACGAUAUUCGGAAGCAGCUGCAAGAUGUGAGGUUUACGUUGGAAAAGUUCAACACGCACUAUCUGAUCAAUUUGGAGCAGCGAAUGAUGAACAUUCUAACGACGAUGACCAGUCUGGAUAGCAACAUAAAAAGUUUACAGGAAAAGGCACAGGUUUGGGACGUCUUUCAGCAUCACAUUGGGGCUUGGAAUGAUCACAUCAAGUCUGUGGACCAAAAGAUGGAACUGUUGAAGAAGGCACACGAAAGUACGCCACCAGCGCUAGAAACACGACUGUCGAAUCUGGACUUUAAAGUGCAGCACGUGUUCGAUAAGGUUGAUACAAUCAACGAAAAGUUGCACGACAUUACGAAAACCGUCUAUGCCUUAUCCAGUGCCAAUCGUGCCAGACGAAACGAUCGCGAAUCAACUGAUCAAGCCGCGGUAAUGACCAAGAUCAGUACUCUACAGAAACAACUUAAUCGCUUGGAGUCCACUUCUGCCAAUUGCCAGAAGAAAAAUGGAAACGGAAUUGGUGGCACCAAAGUGAAAAAGGAAGUUCAGGAGUUUGAAGAUGAGGUUGAUGAUUUCCUGGACAAACUUGCAACAAAGAAGCUAAAGGAUAUUGCUGCAAAUCGUAAGCACGGUCGAUCUCUGGAUAGUUUAACCAACUUGCUACGAACCGUUGAUGAACGGACUGUAAGGAUCUACGACCUGGAAGCGAAUCAGUUUGAGCAGAUUCUGAGUUGCUGCAAACGAACCGAUCGCGAAAUAACGACUUUUACGAAUAGUGCGGAUAUUUUAUUGAAACGCAUCGAACGGCUGGUGAUCAACGUUGAUGCGAAAAUUGAAACUCGGAAUCUACGGCAAUGCGAGCGAAACAGUUCUAUGAAAGUUGAAGACGACGUUGUAACGGAUCUUGGAAGUGGCGAAGGAGCUGUCCCGACUACAACUGAGAAAGAUUACAAAGCAAUCGAAAUCGAAAUUGAUGAUCCGGAAGUUUCAGCCGAUUUUCAUCAACCGAACAAGCAGGGCUGCCACCAGCUUACGAUCAGACAAAACGGUGUCUACACCUUCGGCGAGAUAGAGCUGAACGAGGCAAAUCGAGACUUCAACAGACGUUACUGCUACUUUGCUACCGACGGACCAGCAUGGACCGUGAUCCAGCGACGCAAGUUGGACGAUCUGCAGGAAAACUUUAAUCGCAGCUGGAACGAAUACAAAUAUGGAUUUGGAGAUUUGGGCCAUGAGUUUUGGCUCGGGAAUGACUUCAUUAACACAUUAACCUACGACGACAACGUUGAGCUGCGAGUUGAACUCUGGGAUUUUGAAGGGAACUCGGCAUGGGCUGAGUUCAAAACGUUUCGAAUCGAUUCCGAGAGAUUCAACUACAAUUUGAUGGUGAGCGAGUACCACGGAAAUGCUUCGGACGCGAUGAGCUAUCACAACGAUCAGGACUUUAGCACGUUCGACCGGGCUAACGACAAAUCGAACGGAUCUUUUGCGUGUGCUUUAACUUAUGGAAGUGGAUGGUGGUUUAACAGCUGUGCUGAGUCAAAUUUGAAUGGAAUCUACUAUGCUGACGAUCCAAAAUUGCACAAAUCUACGGGAAUCUUGUGGGAAACAUGGCUCGGUGAUUAUUCACUGAAGGAGUCCACAAUGAUGAUUCGAUCAAGAGAAGUGUGGACGACGGAAGGGGAACCACAGGAUCCUUAACAUCAAAAAUCUAUAUUACGAUAGUAUGAUUAUCAAACAUGUAAUAAUUGUAUUCAGGAUACUUUUCAAUCCCUUCAAAUUAUGAUCUUAACGUACACACAACUGUAUUUAAUCCAUCCUAUUCCAAUAAAAAAUG